UGUUUGUAGAACUCAUUGUAUUGAUUAAAAGAUGGUUGGAAAGGGGAAGAUGUAUGUAAUAAAGCGUAAUGGGCGCAAAGAAAAUGUUCAUUUUGACAAAAUAACGUCCAGAAUUCAAAAAUUAUGUUACAAUCUAGACAUGGAUUAUGUGGACCCUUCUGCAAUUACCUUCCGUGUCAUCAGUGGAUUAUACUCAGGCGUCAGUACAGUUGAGUUAGAUAAUCUUGCAGCCGAAACUGCAGCCACUAUGACUACUAAACAUCCUGAUUACGCAAUAUUGGCAGCAAGAAUUGCAGUUUCUAAUUUGCACAAGGAAACAAAGAAAACUUUUAGUGAGGUAAUACAAGAUUUGUAUUAUGUGAAGGAACAGUAUACAAAUGAAUCCAGACCUGUUAUCAAUGAGAACUAUUACAACAUUAUACAAAAUAAUGCAAAUAAAUUAAAUUCGGCAAUAAUUUAUGACAGAGAUUUCAGUUACAAUUAUUUUGGUUUUAAAACUCUUGAAAGAAGUUAUUUACUAAAGAUACAUGGGAAAGUUGUCGAGAGACCUCAACAUAUGUUAAUGAGGGUUUCAGUUGCUAUCCAUGGUGAAGACAUUGACAGAGCUAUAGAAACAUACAAUUUCUUAUCAGAACGUUAUUUUACACAUGCAUCACCAACACUCUUCUCUGCAUGUACUUUGAGGCAGCAGAUGUCUAGUUGCUUUCUUCUGACGAUGACUGAAGAUAGUAUAGAUGGCAUUUAUGACACAUUAAAAAGGUGUGCGCUUAUCAGUAAAUCAGCUGGUGGCAUUGGGCUUAACGUUCAUUGUAUUCGAGCAAGAGGAACACCAAUAGCUGGUACACUUGGUGUGUCUAAUGGGUUAAUUCCAAUGAUUAGGGUGUAUAAUAAUACAGCUAGAUACGUUGAUCAAGGUGGAAAUAAAAGACCAGGAGCAUUUGCCAUAUACUUAGAGCCAUGGCAUGCAGAUAUUUUUGAAUUUUUAGAUCUCAAAAAGAAUACAGGUAAAGAAGAAAACAGAGCAAGGGAAUUGUUCUAUGCUUUAUGGAUUCCUGACCUUUUCAUGAAAAGGGUUUUGGAAAAUGGUGUUUGGACUUUAAUGUGUCCCCAUGAAUCCCCUGGUUUACCUGAUGUAUGGGGUGAUGAAUUUGAAGCCCUUUAUACACGAUAUGAAAAUGAAAAGAGAUAUAAACGACAAAUUCAAGCUAGAGACUUAUGGACUGCUAUUCUAAUGGCACAAGUGGAAACAGGGACUCCUUACAUGCUGUAUAAAGAUCACUGCAACCGUAAAUCAAAUCACCAAAAUAUAGGAACAAUUAAAUGUAGUAAUUUGUGUACAGAGAUCGUACAAUAUUCCAGUCCAGACGAAGUCGCUGUAUGCAAUUUAGCUUCGAUUGCCGUCAAUAUGUUCGUGAAUUCCGCUACUAAAACCUUCGAUUUCCAAAAACUCCGUAAAGUGACAAAAAUAGUCACUAAGAAUUUGGAUAAAGUAAUUGAUGUCAACUAUUAUCCAAUUCCAGAAACAGAAAAGUCCAACUUACGGCACAGGCCUAUUGGUAUUGGAAUACAAGGACUUGCUGAUGCAUUUCUUUUAAUGCGGUAUCCAUUUGAAAGUGAAGAGGCACAAAAUCUUAAUGUCCAGAUAUUUGAAACAAUGUAUUAUAGUGCCUUAGAGGCCAGUUGUGAGCUUGCCAUGGAAAAGGGUACAUAUGAAACAUACGACGGUAGUCCAGUUAGUAAAGGAAUCCUUCAAUAUGAUAUGUGGAACGUUACCCCAACUAAAUUGUGGGACUGGAGUGUAUUGAAAGAAAAAAUUGCAAAACACGGAGUUAGAAAUUCUUUGUUAAUUGCACCUAUGCCAACAGCUUCUACCGCACAGAUUUUAGGAAAUAAUGAGUCUGUUGAACCAUAUACGAGUAACAUCUAUACAAGGCGAGUACUGUCUGGAGAAUUUCAAGUCGUGAAUCCUCAUUUGUUAAGAGAUUUAACUGAAAGAGAUCUCUGGGACGAGGACAUGAAGAAUGAGAUUAUUGCAAAUAAUGGUUCUAUUCAGAAUAUAGAACGUAUACCAGAGGAUCUGAAAAUACUUUACAAAACAGUCUGGGAAAUAUCACAAAAAAGUAUCUUAAAAAUGGCGGCAGAUCGCGGUGCUUUUAUAGAUCAAUCGCAAUCAUUAAAUGUUCAUAUGGCUCAACCAACGGCGGAAAAGUUGACUUCAAUGCACUUUUAUGGAUGGAAAAUGGGUUUGAAGACCGGAAUGUACUACUUAAGAACAAAGCCAGCAGCGAAUGCGCUUCAAUUUACAGUUGAUAAAUCAAAAUUACAGACUACCACUACCACAUUGGCUAAUCAGUCUCUUAAUUCAGAAAACGGGGCGGAAGAAGAAUAUACGCCUGUACGAAAGAAUGGAUGGUUACAGAAUCAAAGUAGUGAGGAAAUUGAAGCCGUGCUUGCGUGUUCCCGUGAAAAUGGAGAUGCCUGUAUGGCGUGUGGAUCAUAAAUAUAAGCGCGAAAUAUACUAUGCAUAGUACUUAAAUCUUUUUUACAUAGGAAUGAAAUAACUGUAAAGUAUUUAAUAUUUUUGUAAGUAUUUAAAUCUGUUACAACAGCGUGUCUUUUUGAAAAACUUUAAAAUACAAAUUUUUAUCCUUAA